GUUUGACGCACAUUUUGUCAGUGAGCGCGGCAAACAAGACAGGCAACAGUAGAAAACGACGUAGCAAAAACUUUGAACGCGUAUACUCACCUUGUUGUUUUAUUCGUACUGGACGGAACACAUGGCGUCUACCAGUAAACCGUCUUUACAGAGCAAAAAUUUACCAUGGGUUGAAAAAUACAGACCUCAAACACUUGAUGAUUUAAUUUCACACAAAGAUAUUCUGAGUACCAUCCAGAGGUUCAUCAGUGAGGACAAGCUUCCCCACCUCCUAUUCUAUGGCCCCCCUGGAACAGGUAAAACCUCCACAAUCCUCGCCUGUGCUCGGCAGCUGUACAAGGACAAAGAGUUCAACUCCAUGGUGUUAGAGCUGAAUGCAUCAGACGACAGGGGCAUUGAUGUUGUGCGAGGUGCUAUUCUGAGUUUUGCUAGCACCAGAACCAUAUUCAGGAAGGGCUUCAAGUUGGUGAUACUGGACGAAGCCGAUGCCAUGACCCAGGAUGCCCAGAAUGCAUUGCGGCGAGUGAUCGAGAAGUUCACAGAAAAUACCAGAUUCUGUCUCAUCUGCAACUACCUCUCCAAGAUCAUCCCGGCCCUGCAGUCUCGCUGCACCAGGUUCCGCUUUGGACCACUGUCCCCGGAUCAGAUGAUCCCUCGUCUGGAGCACGUUAUCCAGCAGGAGAGCGUUGACGUCACUACAGAUGGCAUGAAGGCUAUCGUGACCUUAUCAUCUGGUGAUAUGAGAAGGUCACUCAACAUCCUGCAGAGCACCAGCAUGGCGUACGGGAAGGUCACAGAAGCCACAGUGUACACCUGCACAGGCCAACCCCUCCGCUCAGAUAUAGCAAACAUCCUCGACUGGUGCCUCAACAAAGACUUCACAUCUGCAUACAAACAAAUCCUUGAGCUGAAGACUUUAAAAGGUUUGGCUCUGCAAGAUAUCCUCACGGAGGUGCAUCUGCUCAUUCACAGAGUGGACUUCCCUCCAGCUAUUCGGAUGGGUCUGCUAAUCAAGUUAGCCGACAUAGAACACCGGCUCGCUUCAGGGACCAACGAGAAGAUCCAGCUGAGCUCCAUGGUGGCGGCUUUCCAGGCAGUGAGAAACCUCGUGGUCAGUGAGGCCUCUUAGAGGAUCAUCUUGCUCAUAAUGAAGUUUUUUGUUCAUUCAGCCCACAGCAAAGAGAAACAGUCACCUCAAUUUUUACCACAAUAAAGUACGGAGUGGAGUUCAUGGUUGCAUCCUUAGCUUAAGUUGUAUUAUUGCUCUUUAACUAGCAUCUUUGCCUCUAACUGACAUGUCUUGGUCAGAUUAAUAAAAAAUGUCAGAACUAUGAGGAAUGAAGCCGUAAAGAGCUGAGAACAGGUUGCUUUACUUUUCAGCUAUUAAGCGAUUAUACUGAUAAACUCUCCUGUAACAGACCAAGGUCAUCAGCAGAAUCACUACACUUUUCUUUAGGGUAGAAAAUGCGUGUCCUUGGGCCUCUGAUGCAUGAGUCCCUCCACGCUGACUCUGCUGUGGAUGCGUGGAACAAAUGCCAGCAGCUGAGUGAAUCACAUCUAAGGUGGAAAGCGGUUAUCUGUGGCCCAAAACAGAUUCAAAUGUAGGCACUUGAAACAAAUGUAUUGGUGUCAAAUUAAUCUGUUUGUAAAAAAAAAAUUGAUCCAUGAACAUGUAAAUGUGUUUUAAUCUGUUUAAUAAAACAUUUUCCUACAA